GCGCAGGUCUGAGAGACGCGCUUGUGAGCAGCUGUAGCAGCUCGAGCUCGGGUUUCUGCUGAUUGACCUGCUGCUGCUACAUCCGCUCCGCCGAUCCUCGAGCUUAAAACACAGAACAUUAACAUGACGUCACGUGCGGGUCCAAGAGCUGCAGGGACGGAUGGGAGUGACUUUAAACACAGAGAGAAAGUGGCGUCUCACUACCAGAUGAGUGCUUCGCUAAAGUCCGAGAUCAAGAAACUCACCGUUGUGCAUGUCCUUAUAUGGGCGCUGGUCGCCGCCCAGGUAGUUGUGGCCCACCUCAAGCUCCUGUCUCACGACGUGGUGGCAAUGCCGUACCAGUGGGAGUACCCCUACCUCCUGAGUCUGCUGCCCUCGCUGAUCGGUGCCUUAGCCAUGCCCAAAAACAACAUCAGCUACCUGGUGAUCUCCAUGAUCAGCGCUGGCCUGUUUUCUGUGGCUCCGCUGAUCUUCGGAGCUAUGGAAAUGUUCCCGGUGGCUCAGCAGCUGUACCGCCACGGCAAAGCUUACCGCUUCAUCUUCGGCUUCUCGGCCGUAUCUGUGAUGUACCUCCUCAUGAUAGUCGCGGUUCAGGUUCACGCGUGGCAGAUCUACUACAGCAAAAAGCUUCUAGAUGCCUGGUUCAACUCCACACAGGAAAAGAAGAAGAAAUAGAAACACCAGGAACAGAGAACUAUGCCUAGAUCAUAUUAUAUGUUCACAAUAUUCUUACGGUUGCCAUGCAUGAAAAUAUUAAAAGGGAUAAAAUGUACACAUUGUAAGAUUGUGUUUAUUUACUGUUUUUUUUUUUACAGUACAUCGUGAAUUUUGUUUCUUGUUUCUACUGAGUUUCUACUGAAAUAUGUGUGUUUUCCUUUAGGGGGGGAUGUUUCUAAAACAAAAUCUUCAUUGCAUGAUAUUAAACUGUACCGUUAUGUUUCAACCUUUUUACCUCAUUGCAUAUUUCCAAUGCUCUAAAAAAUAAAGGUUAUUGAUAAAAUCAUUGUUGUAAAACUGCUGAUAUGAUCAUGGUUGCAAAAUGCUUUUUUAAUCACAUUGUAUGAGGCUGAUCAAUAAUGAUAUUUAAAUAUUUAACUUAAAGUCCAGUUAGGGAACUACAGUAAAUAAUGUGUAAAUUGUGUAGUGAUUUAGUGCCAUAUCCUGUAUACUGAAGUAGCCUAGUAGUUAUGGCUAAUUAAUUAGUAGUAGAAUCAUAAUACACUAUAUUUCCACAAUAUUGAAAUAUAUGUUUUUUACUCAACUGGACAAAAUGAUUGAUUUCAUCUACAUAUAAAUGUUUUUUUUUUCUCAUUUCUAGUAACAUAACAAAUGUGUAUUUUUAAACAUAAAGUGAUCUAUAGACUAUUCCAGUCGUGUGUGAUUCUGUAGUCCUCAUUAAGGCAGAAAAUUAUAGGGUUUUAAACAUUAACUCUUACCAUGUUCUGUGGUAAAUAAGUGUUCAGAUCUCUAUAUGUUUUGUUCUGUGUUACCAGGUCAUUUAAGAGUCAAAUGUGAAUGUUGCUACACAGUGAGAGUCAGAACAGAUAUGUUUUGUAUUUGAUCACUUGAUGAAGCAUGAACAUUGAAAAAGCAGACUUGUAAAGAAUCCACAGAUUUUCCACUGACUGAACAAGGGCUUUAUUGUUUCCCUCUCUUCUUGGAAUGGUCAGAUCUGAGUGGACAUGCUCUUCCGUUCCUGUACAGAAAAGACUUUUGUCUGUUAUAAAGCAGAACGUAGUGAAGGCUUUGUAUGUCAGUAGACCUUGUGUGUGAUACCCUUGUGUUUUUUUCUUUCUUUUUCACAUAUGAACUUGUAGUGUUACUGCUUCUGGCCACCAAGUGGCAGAAUACACACUAAAAUUAACCAGCGAUAAGUCUGGAAAGAAAUUUGGAAAAAAAUCUCAAAACUAUUGCAAAUCAGUCAUUCCUCUGUGCAGAAAAUAAAUUACAAGUGAAACAACCGCUAACAUGGCCAGGUCAGGCUGUCCUAGAAGGUUCAGCCCAAAAGCAAACCGCAAAACGUGUAAGAAAGUCUCCAACAAACCUAAAAUAUAAAAUUAAAGACUUCUGCCAGAGUUGAGGUCUAACAGGAAUCAGCCAAAAAGAAGAGACUGUAGAGUUUUUUUUUAAUUAUUAUUAAUAUUUUCAGGUGUGAAAAAACAGGGCAAGAACGAUACUAAAUGAGGACAAGACCUAAAUAAAGUUUGCUAAAGAACAACUAGGCCAGUAUUGUUUAAUUAUCAACAUAUAGGGCCAGUGUGGCUACAGGUUUUCAUGUGAUAACUAAUUAAAGACUAACCAACUGA